AGUCGAGUGCGGAGCUUUGUCGGACGUAAAUGCCAAGUGAUUCUCUACGUUAGAGUGGGUGUACAUAAAUAAUUUUAUACAUAUUUGUGGCUAUUGAAAAAUACAGAAUAUAAUAUUGGUGUUUGUAACGAUUUUCUCAUUUGAAAACAGUUUACACACACAACGAAGCGUAUAGAAGUGCUAUUGAAUUUUCUUGAUUUUAAUCGGAAAAUCUAAUAAGAAAAUCAUAGAAGCUUAAGUGAAAACAGGGGAUAAACAUACAAAGUAAAAAAUUUAAAGGUGUUCCGGUGUGCGAAAUUAAUAACAAUAUAUAUAUAUAUAUAUAUGCAAUAUUAGUUUAAUACGUAAUAAGCGGCAUAUUUUACAAAUUAAAUUGUUUUGUUUUUUGCAUAAAUUAAAAAGUCUAUUUACAGAAAAUGUCGACCAGUCCAAAACCAGUAAAAAAGGUUCCAAUACAUUUGCAGAGCGCUCAAAAUAGGGUCUACAUUAAAAAUGGACAAAUAGUUAAUCACGAUAGGACCUUUAAGGCUGACAUUUACAUUGAGGAUGGAACAAUAAAAUUUGUUGGUUCAUCUUCUGAUAUUGUAAUACCUGGUGGUGUACGAGUAAUUGAUGCAGGGGGCAGAUUGAUAAUACCCGGAGGCAUAGAUCCACAUACACAUAUGCAAUUGAAGUUUGGUGGCACAGUUGCUGUAGAUGAUUUCUAUCAUGGCACAAAAGCUGCCAUUGCUGGUGGUACCACCACCAUCAUUGAUUUUGUGCUACCUGAUAAAGGUGAAUCACUCGUUGAAGCUUAUGACAAAUGGCGUGCUUGGGCAGACCCAAAAGUUUGUUGUGAUUAUGCUUUUCAUGUUGGCAUUACUUGGUGGUCUAAAUCAGUGGCCGAUGAAAUGAGAAUAAUGUGCGAAGAACUAGGUAUCAACUCAUUUAAAAUGUUUAUGGCCUACAAAGGCUUAUAUCAAUUAAAUGACACUGAACUCUUGGAUGCAUUCGAACGUAUUCGCUCGUUAGGCGGUGUCGCACAGGUACAUGCAGAAAAUGGUGACGUGAUUGCCAAAAAUGUUGGUAAAUUGUUGGCAGCUGGCAUAACUGGACCAGAAGGUCAUGAAUUGUCACGGCAGGAAGAAGUUGAGGCGGAAGCUGUGAACCGUGCUUGCAUUUUGGCACAUCAAGUUGAUUGCCCACUAUAUGUAGUACAUGUUAUGAGCAAAUCGGCGGGUAUUGAAUUGGCACGUGCACGUAAACGUUACAGAAAUCGAGGUAUUUUUGGUGAAACCCUUGCAGCAGCGUUGGGCACCGAUGGUACACAUUAUCAGCAUGAAUGUUUCCAUCACGCCGCAGCGCAUAUAUUAAGUCCACCUUUACGUCCCGACUCGACAACACCUGAAUUUAUGAUGAAAUUGUUGGCAAAUGAUGAUCUGCAAACUACCGGCAGUGAUAAUUGUACUUUCAAUAAGGAUCAAAAGUCACUCGGCAAAGGUGAUUUUACAAAAAUACCAAACGGUGUCAAUGGUGUCGAAGAUCGUAUGUCUGUAGUAUGGGAGAAGGGUGUACAUGCAGGACUUUUAGAUCCAUGCAGAUUUGUUGCAGUCACUAGUACAAAUGCUGCGAAGAUAUUUAAUUUAUAUCCACAGAAAGGACGCAUCGCAGUUGGUUCUGAUGCAGAUAUAGUUAUUUGGAAUCCAAAUGCAACACGUACUAUUUCAAAAGAUACUCAUCACCAUGCAUGCGAUUUUAAUAUAUUUGAAGGCAUGACAUGUCAUGGGGUACCUGAAAUGGUGUUGGUACGCGGACGUAUUUGCGUAGAGAAUGGUGUUGUGCGUGUUGCAGAAGGCUAUGGACGUUUUCUGAAUACACCUAUAAGACCACCAUAUGUGUAUGAUGUACUCGAAGGAAAAGUAUCGUUAAAGGGCGACGAUCGUAAUGGUGAGGAUCAUGAAGAGCAGCUUAAUGGUGGUUUAAAGAAAGUAAAUUUGGCUGCGUUAGAAAUUGAAAUACCAUACCAAGAACCUAUAUCGCGUGCUCUAAUGGCCGGUAAUGUAGCAAUGCCAAGUGAAGGUUCUUUGGCUAGCACACCAUCAGGUCGUGCGCGUGUAGAGAGCACACGCAAUCAACAGGAAUCGACGUUUUCCAUUAGCGAGGAACUGGAUAAAUCUGGUAAUCGCGCUUGUAUUAAAGUACGAAAUCCACCAGGUGGCAAAUCUUCCGGCUUCUGGUAGACAAAGAACCAGAGUUUAAAUUUCAAUUCGCACAAUGGUAUAAUAGAAGAUGAAAUAAUUUUUUAUAAAAUGUAUGUGUACGUUCGUAGUUUCAUCAAAUUUUUGAAAACUCCAAACAUAUGAAAGCAAAUAUAGACAAACAUACAUGUAUACAAAAUCUAAGGACGCUACUAUUUAAGUUAGACGAGCUGAACCAAAACCAAAACUUAAUUUAAUUAUUAUUAAUUAAUAGUAAUUAUAUUAUUAAACAAACAUUAACAACUCUAUGAAAUCAAAUAAAAUAAAUAAUGUAUUUUGCAUAUAAUCAUUACUAUAUAACAUUAUUAACACUUAACUUAUGCCUUCGAACGCGAGAUUAGCUUAAAUUUAUUUAAUUAAAUUUUUUACAAUAGUUUUUAAUGUUUUUUUAUCGCAUAUUACUUCAUUCAUUCUGUGACUUAAGACCUCUUGUGCAUUAUUUUUCUCUUAUAGUUACAUUUCUUUAUAUAAUAUUAUUUAAAAAUUAUUUAAUAAACAAUAAUCCUCUUUGUAAGUUCUUCUUUCUAUGUAUGCAUUAAAUUUAUUCAUAACAUAUAUUUAAUAAAAAAAAUUUACAAU